CCGAAAGGGCGCCCCCUCCUUCCCAUACUCAAUUAAUUCCCAGUUCCUAGUUUCCCGGUGGGAGAGGAGCCGGCGGCAUCCAGCUCAAGGCCAAGGGUCUUUCCGAUUCCGUCGUCGUCCUCUUUCCUCCUCUUCGCCAGCAUAGAUUCCAGUCCAUAUUAAUUAUUGAGGCCUCCAUAAUAAACAGUUUGCGCUUCUCUUGGACCCAGAUGGAUCAUCCUCCCAAGCAAGAGGCGGCGGCGGCUCCCACCACCACCAACGACAACAGUUCAAGUUCAGGUUCAGCGGCCCCCAAGGCGCAGGCCCUGCGUCUCUCCUGCACCAAAUGUUUCGACGCUCUCUGGUUCUGCUACUAUUGCACAAGACUUGAGGAUGUGAUGACUACACUGUUGAUACAAUUUUCAUAUAACGCUGUGUUUUCACGUGCAUCAAAGAAUUUCUCAUUCUGUAGCAAGGAAUUUAAUGCCAACUUCUCAGUUUAUGAUGCGAUGCAAAUACUUGUAGGCUCCAUUUCACCAGAUGCAACAAUACUACAGAUAUGGAGAAUUUGACAAUUGCUUUGGGAAGUGGAAUGCUCUCUUUGACUGUUUGAGCCUUAAAACAAAAAAAGUCAUCAGAAGUCCAGGUUCGUCAUCAUUCUAACUAUACCUUACAUUCACAUUGAUAUAUUCUUCUAAGCCUAGACAAAUAACCUAGUUAACUACAAAUGCAUCGAUGAAUAAUUUAAGAUUAUAUUGUCCAUGGAUAAUUUAACUUUUUUCUCUAGUUGCCUUGUAACUUUUACCCCUACCUGUAUCUGACAAGAUAACUCCCUCGAGGAUCUAUUUGCCUUUUUUGCCUUAAUGUACUGUUCAGAAGUCAUUUUCCAUCAAAUUAGACAACUCCGAUAUGGCCUUCUUACAAAUAAUUUCUUUCUGCAUUUUUUUUUACUAAUUGGUGUUGCAGCCAUUCGGCGUGGAUUCUAAUGCUUGAUUAGUGUUGGUUGACUCAUGUCUUUGAUUUGUAAGAUGUAUGCCAUAGUUUAUUCUUGGCUUAUGCUGUUAGUCUUUGAGGCAUCAUAUGAUCUUGCUACGUCUUUUCUCUGUUUCGGUUUUUUGUUUGAUUGUUUUUCUUUCUUUCUUUCUUUUGAUGUGUGUGUCUUAGGGGAGGAUUUCUAAACCUUCUUGGGGGCGUUUGGUAUGGGAUGAUCGUCCUAGGAUCAAGGGUGAUAUGGGUGAAGGUGAUGAGAUCACCGCAUUUCGUUGCACCACGGUGAUCCUACGUGGCGGUGAUCUUAAAUCACCUCCACUCCUCAAAUCACCCCCUAACUCGAUGAUGGGAUACCCGUCCUUGAGAUCGGGAAUCCAAGAUCACCCCAGAGCAGUGAUCCUGGAUUGAAAGUUAAAGACAAAAAUACCCUCAAGUUAGCAGAAAAAUUGAUAUAUCA